AUGGCCGGCUUGGCCACCAGCAGCCAGCUCUAUUCAAAUGAGCCUCCGAAUCCCCUGCAUAUGCAGUACUGGCGGAAAGGACAAGGGCAACUUGACCAAGAAGACGACUCUGUUCUCGACGACCACAUUCUCGACUCUUCUUCUUUCGACGCCGCCGCAAUGGACAACCUCCCACGAAGACAAUCUUUCGCCAGCAGUGCCUCCCUGCUCUCUCCCGCACAGCAAGCCUGGCCCGAUUUCGCUUACAACAAUGAUGCCACUCCUACCGCAUCGUUGAAUCAUCAAGCGCCUCUAUUCUCAGAGCACAUCGCCAAUCAUUUUGCACCCAGGAUUCCUCAAUACCCAAGUUAUGCCAGCCACAUGGCAGCAUGGAAUUCCCAAGGCAACGUGGGCUCCGAUACCUCAAAUGCUGCAGCUUUUACCGCUUUCAAUACAGAUCUUGACGACGUCAAACCGGAAGAGCCCUUCAAUCAUGAUGUUGCCCAACCAUCGCACCAGAAUCUUUACGGAGGACUACCUCGCGCCUCGGCUCCAGAUUAUCGCCACGAUGCUGUAUCAGCGGCUUCUCCUCAGUGGUCCACAUCGUCCUCAGACGCGGUGGAAAAGAUACCCAGGAGUGGGCAUGUCCAAAGUCCGACGUUCAAUCACAAUGCACCGCACUUGAGGCGGGACGGUGUUCGCAAGAAGAAUGCUCGUUUCGAUAUUCCGGACGGUCAUAAUGUCCACACCAUCGACCUCUUGAUCGCCGCUGCCGAUCCGACUAAUGAAGAGAAAAUUAGGACACUCAAGCAGGAGAAGCGGUUACUGAGGAACAGGCAAGCAGCUCUCGACUCUCGAUGCCGCAAGAAGCAUCACACUGAGAAAUUGGAGGAAGAGAAGAAACAGUUCAUCACCAUGAUUGAUAGGUUGGAGGAGGAUAUUCAGAACAUGCGGCUACAGGAACAAAGGUGGCUACAUGAGCGCCAGCAAUGGCAUCAAUUCACCGAGGGUCUCGCAAGGGAGAAAGAGGAGCUUGUUCGACAGCAUACGCUUGAAACCGCCGAGCUGCGCAAGAAAAACAACUGCUUAGCGGAGGAAAUGCAGAGGCUUGAGAGCAUGUCAGUGUCCGCUCAACCUAGCUCUGCUGGGAUAUCCGCCGGCUUUCCUGAUUUCGAGCAUCUUACGAUGGAUACAAGUUCGUUUGACGACUUCGCUUUCAUCGAGAACCCUAUCAUGAACACCGAGCCUAAAAACGAAGCAUCCCUCGUGGUCCUACCAAAGAAGGAGACUCCACCGCCUAUGAAGAAUGAAGAUACUUCAGCUGCUUCGGGACUUCUGUUGAUGCUCCUGCUUUGUGGCGCCUGGGUAGCGUCGAAUACAUCGUCAGCAACUGCUGUCAUCCCGCGCAUGCCAGAUGAUGUCCGAGUGGCAUCCUCAGCGAUCCUAAAGAACAUCUACAGAGAUGCGGGCCUCGAGCCUUGUCAUACUUCUAGGCCCACCUCCAAGAACCCUGGUAUGGCACAAGCGGGACCUUUUUCGAGCCACCCAAACGCUUCACCUCUGGCAGCGUUACACAAUGACCUCACGACCCCAACUCAGCAGCAAGAGCGUGAACAGCUCUUCUCUCUCUCCGCAGAUCAGUACAGUCAUAUGAUGUCUGAUGAUCUAUUCGCCGACGAGCCCGAGCUGAAUGCACCACCCUCUGAUAGAAGAAACCUUGGAGAACUUUUCGCGGCCAUCCGCGUGGAGAAGAAGGGUCCCGCCGCCGAGGUUUACACCAGGUCACUCAUGCGAAGUGAAGUGCCCGCAAACCUGGUCAGGGACUUCGCAAGAAUGGUCGCCGAGGGCAGUAGGCGGAGUGGGGAACCGCUGAGCUAG